AUGUCCAAACGAAAUAGUGUAGGGACGGCUAAUACAUUAUUUAACUACUUUUCUAAAACACCUCCAAAUAACAAAAAGGUUAAAUUAAAUCUAAAUGUUGAUACUGCAAUCAAAGUAAAUCCGGCUUCGGACAUUGAGAAUGGCUCAGAAAGUAUGAAAAGGGAAAGGCAGAUAACACCUUCGCCUGAAGUACAACAAAAUAAAGAGGAUGAAUCUCCUAUUGCACCUAAAAGGAGAAAGAGAAUUCGUCUUAACCCUUUAGAUUCUGAUGACUCUGAUGCAGAAAAUAAAGUAGACAAUAAAAAUGAAUCUCCUACAGAAAAGACAUCAUUUGGCAAGAAACUGCAGGACAGUUUUAAGUAUGAACCAAAUGAUUCACCUAAAGGGAAGAAAACAAAAAAAGAUAAUGUACCUCAGAUUAAGUGUGAUCCUCAAGAGAAACCUGUGAUUGCUGAAGAAGGUGAUUGGGUGCACUGUAAACUGGAAUGGCUGAAACAAGACAAAAUCAAGGAUGCUAAAGGGCGGAGGCCUGAUCAUCCAGAAUAUGAUCCCACUACACUUUAUGUGCCUAAGGAUUUUAUGAACUCGCAGACACCGGCACAUAGGCAGUGGUGGGAAUUGAAAUCGGCGCAUUACGAUUGCGUUUUAUUCUUCAAAGUUGGCAAAUUCUACGAGCUGUACCAUAUGGAUGCUGCAGUAGGCGUGAACGAACUCGGCUUUUCUUAUAUGAAGGGUGAAUUUGCCCAUUCCGGGUUCCCUGAGAGUGCUUACGCCCGUAUGUCGUCGACCCUGGUGUCGAAGGGUUAUAAAGUGGCUCGCGUGGAGCAAACUGAGACUCCUGAUAUGAUGCAAGAGAGAUGUAAACGAGAACAAAAGUCGAGUAAAUAUGACAAGGUGGUGCGUCGGGAGAUAUGCCAGGUAGCAGUCCGCGGUGCUCAAGUGUGUGGCGUGCAAGAUACAGGCCCUGCUGACUCCAACUCGGCCUUCAUGAUGGCCAUUGCCGAAGAGGAAAACAACGGUAUCAGUACAUACGGUGUGUGCUUCGUGGAUACAUCAAUAGGCCAGUUUCACAUGGGCCAAUUCAAGGACGAUAAGCAUUCCUCCAGACUGCUCACAACACUUGCUCACUUUCCACCGGCUUUGACAGAAAAGGAAGGAGAUGGAUUUUCAGACAAAAUAGGUAGGAGUGCAUCUUGUGUGCAGUCUUUGUCCUCCACUGUUACGAAAAAGAUAAAAAAUACUGCUUCUGCUAUCAUCUACGAUCGUAAGUCAUGCACUCUACGCACUAGCAAACUCCUAGCAACGCACUGUCAUAGCGCGAGAAGAGAGACGCAGACCAUGACCCCACCCGAGAAGACUUUGAAACUCUUAGCCGAGAAGUAUUAUAUGACCGGUGAUAACGGAGAGUGGCCAGAGGGAAUAAAAUCGUUUUUACAUGAAGGUGACGCACUGGGUUUGACCCCCGCACCAAACUGCUAUCUGGCCGUCAAAGCUCUCGGUGGUUGUGUGGCUUACCUCACCACUUGUCUACUGGACAUACAAAUAUUAGGAAUGUCCCAAUUUAGUGAAUACUCGCCACCUGAUGUCUUCAAUACGAGCAUGACCAUGAGUCAGACGGAGAAGACCAAUCUGUGGACAGGAGGUACGACAAUGGUGUUGGACUCCAUCACUCUGAGAAACCUAAGAAUUGUUCAGGACGAGGGUUGUCUCUAUGACAAGCUCAAUAUGUGCUCUACACCUAUGGGAAAGAGAUUACUCUAUCAAUGGGUUUGUUCACCGAGUAGUGACAUCAAAGUGAUCAAAGAACGGCAGGAAGCAAUCAAGGCGCUUUUCGAAGACCAGAACUUGUGUCAAGAGGCUAAGAGCGUUCUUGCUUCGCUGCCAGAUUUGGAACGGUUGUUGGCAAAGGUCCACGCGCUUGGCAACUUAAAGAAAUCGAAAGAACACCCCGAUUCUCGAGCAAUCCUAUACGAGGAGAAGACCUAUUCGAAGAGGAAAGUUCUAGAUUUCAUCUCCAUACUCAACGGAUACAACGCGGCGCUGAAGCUCAGUGACCUGUUCAGUGAGACUGACUCAGCACUUCUGAAGAGAAUUACCCAGCUCGCUCCAGAUGGCAAAUUCCCGGACUAUACGAAGACUUUAAAGUUCUUUAAGGAGGCGUUUAACCAAGCUCAAGCGGAGAAGGAAGGCAUAAUUCUUCCUGGAGCUGGUGUGGACCAAGAGUACGACAACACGUUACUUCUCAUCAAGGAUAUCGAAGAUGAACUGAAGGAGUAUCUUGCUGAACAGGAAAAAUAUUUCAAAUGUCGUUUGAACUAUGUGGGAUCCGAUAAAAAGAGGUACCAGAUAGAAAUACCACAGAACGCAGCCGCUAAAGCUGCUUCGGACUACCACCUGGAAGGCGCAAGGAAGGGUUUCAAGAGAUUUUCGACAGCCGAAACUAAGGACUUCUUGGCGCGUAUGAUGGCCGCUGAAGAACAAAAACGCGUCGUACUAAAAGAUUUGAGCCGCAGAAUAUUCGAGAAGUUCUCAAGUCACUACGCGCAGUGGUCUAAUGCAGUGCAAUGCAUAUCUACGCUCGAUGUGUUACUGUCCCUCAGCGAAUUUGCCCGGCUGCAGACUGGCGAUGUUUGUCUACCCGAAGUUACCUUUGAUUGUGAUGCACAGCCCUACAUAAAUAUAGUAGAAGGACGUCAUCCAUGUAUACCGAUAGUGAACGAUUUCAUCCCAAACGACACAGCACUAGGCGAGGACAGAAGAAGUCUACUACUUCUUACAGGACCAAACAUGGGCGGGAAGUCUACUCUCAUGAGACAAGUUGGAUUGCUUACUGUCUUGGCACAUUUGGGUAGUUAUGUACCUGCGCAAGAGUGCAAGUUGAGCUUAGUGGACCGCAUUUUCACGAGGCUGGGCGCGUCGGACGACAUUUUGUCCGGACAAUCUACCUUCCUCGUUGAAAUGAACGAAACGGCUGCCAUAAUAAAACACGCUACACCACACUCUCUAGUUUUGCUAGACGAAUUGGGUCGCGGUACGAGUACAUACGAUGGUACCGCUAUAGCGAGCGGUGUCUGUGCUGAGCUGGCUGAACGACAUUGUAGAGUUAUCUUCUCUACUCAUUACCAUUCUCUCGUUAAACACCUGGGCACUCACUCCGCAGUACAGCUAGGUCAUAUGGCGUGUAUGGUAGAGAUAGAAGAAGUAACGGAAACAGAAGAGAACAUUCCAGAAGAGACGAUAACGUUCCUCUACAAGUUGUCGCCUGGCGCUUGUCCGAAAUCCUAUGGGUUCAACGCGGCUCGUCUGGCAGGCAUACCCCCAGAGAUUACGCGCAGGGCCAGGGCGAUAUCCAAACAGCUGGAGACGGAGGCUAAUAUCAUCAGGGCGUUUAAGAAUCUCAUGAAGGUAGAUCGACCAGCUGAUGUGAAACAGUUACUCGUUGGGUUGACUUUAUGA